ACAAUACAAUUUCUUGAAAAGCCUUCGCAGUCGAGCCCUAAAUUUUAUCGAAAGAUUUCCUACUCGUUUCAAGUACAGAAUAGAGCUGUGUCACAAGCUAGAAAAGCCGCCUGGGAAUUGUGUUGUGUCCAAUCAGCUUGAAAACAAAGCAACCUGUUUGACAGCUUCGUCUCAUGUAGCGAUCAGGCUCUUCAUAAAUGAUUCAUCACAUCACUAUUGUUUGAUGAUGUUAGGCCUAAAUCGUGCCUGGCUUCCUUAUUGAGAAUCUCCGAAUUCCGUUGGCAAUGCCGAGCGGACAGACGGGAGUAGCACAAGGACAAAGACUUGGUUUCGAUGUACCCCUCGUUCAGAUCGAACGAGAAUCAAAAUGGGAGUUCCUAGAGAACACACGACGCGCAACACCUAAAUCAGUUUGUUUACAUCGAGAUGGACCUGCCCCGAAAUCGGAGGCGAAACGAAGCUCGGCGAAACUUGCCAACGGAUCUCUAGAUAGUGACGUAGAUGAAGAUGAAGCUGGAAUUGACGGUGAAGGUAGUGCUAAUUCAUCAUUAGCAAAAUGGACGGGAAAAAAGGGCGGUAAAAAAGGCCCCUCUGCAGGUAGCAAGGCAUUUAUCAUCUACUUUUCGAAAUUAGCACAUGCUCCUGAGACUGAGUUGGUUGACUUUGACUUUGUCGAAUCUUUGCUUGAUGGUGGUGCUAGUGUCAAUAGCACAGACAAACAUGGCCAAAGUGUUUUCCAUGAAGUGGCGCGUAAUUGGCACCCAGAUGUCGCAUAUUUUCUGUUACAAAAAGGGGCAAACAUCAACAAAGCUGACAAAUGGGGGAGAUCCCCCCUUCACUCCGCGGCUGCUGUCGACCAUUCAGAUAUGGUGGAAUUUUUACUGCAGAACGGCGCAAACAUCCAUGCGAAAUCGCGGGGUGAAUGGCAGACACCUAUCCAUUAUGCUGCUAAAUUUAAUGCUGUGAGAUCACUAAAAGUUCUGAUGGACUGGCAUGCUAAUGUUAAUGAUAGAGACUACAAAAAGCGGACUCCUCUUUUCAUUGCAGCUGAAAAUGCUCGUGAAGAGGCAACUCGAUAUUUAAUCGAACGAGGUGCCCCAGCUGGUGUUUUUGAUGAGAGUGGCCUAUCCGCUGUUUCAUUACUGAUAGAGAAGAUGCCAAAAGUUGCAAAAGAUGCCUUAGAACAGUUCGUUAACAUUGACAGGGCAUUCCGCAAAGAAUAUUAUUACCUUGGUCAUCUUGAGCACGAUCCAUCGGAGUGGAAAGAUUUAGAAGAGUUUAAGAAACACAAGAAAAUGAUGAAAAAGGACGGUAUAAAGGUUAGGAAGUGCCCGACUACUCCACUCAAGGUGGCAGUUCGAUGUCAGGAAUUUGAAAUACUGAUGCACCCUGUAAUACAACGACUUAUCAGCGUUAAGUGGAAUCAAUUUGGCAAAUGGGCAUCAGUAUUUGGUGCAAGCUUUCAUCUUGUUUACAUCAUGAUAUGGACGUGGCUUGCAAUAUUUCUUCCAAGUGAUGGUAAUUUCUACAAUCCUCCUUCCAAAUUCUGGUGGAGAAUUAUUCUAGAGUUUCUUGGAUGUAUGAUGACACUGUAUUUCAUACUAAAGCAAAUUUGGGAGGUUAAAACACAACGCAAAGACCAACGGACAUACAAGAGCUGGCGUGUGCGGGAACUUGAGCGGGACUUAGAAUAUUGUCACCCUCGAUGGCCUGACGAGAGACAGUACCUUGAAAGCGAAAUAAAACGAAUUCAAUGUGCCAAAACGAGUUAUUUUAAAGAUGCUUGGAAUAUUAUGGAUUGGCUCACAUACAUUGCCGUUCUGGCUGUAAUCAUAACACGCGUUUUAGCGGUGUUUUCAAAUGAAAAGGCCGCAAGUAAUUUACAUCCCAGGGUCUAUGCUCUUGCACUAAUAUUCAUGUGGCUGCACUUCAUGAAGUCAUGUCGACCGUUCAAAUCCUUAGGACCGUUUAUUACGAUGUUAGGCCACGUAAUGCAAGAUACGCUGAGAUUUGCUUUCUUGUUUUUCGAGUUCUUCAUACCUUAUGUUUGUGCAUUUUGGAUAAUCUUUGGUGGAGAGAAAAAUGCCCAGAAAAUGGAAGCAGCCAGUGCCGAGUCUGUUGAUUGGAAAAAGUUCAACGAUUUGACGUUUUCAGUCUGGAUGGUAACUCUGAUUGCGGAUUUCAAUUUUGACGGUCUUGUUGCUGUUGAUAAACUUAUGGCACAGGUUCUUGUUGGCAGCUAUUUUGCUAUCGCGUCUGUUGUUUGCAUGAACCUGUAUAUCGCUUUAUUGUCAGAAACGUUUGCACGAGUUUACCAGAACGCUUUGGCAAAUGCAGCUCUACUCCAGGCAACCACAAUAUUGCAAGUUGAAAAUGCACUAAGCAAAAAGCGAAAAUCACGUUCAGAGAAAUAUAUCCAAGAGGAAUGUUCACCCCUGGAAGUAUUUCAUACUUCAGGACCCGAUGGCGGUGAAGGUGGGACAGAGUUUAACCGGAUGGCACACCAAAUAACAAACAGACUGGAUUCUCUUGAGGAUAACUUAAAGACAUAUACUAAAAGUAACGUUGAGCCCACGCAUGGAGGUAGGAAAUCAGUGGUGCAAAGUCCUGCUCACUCAUCAGCUGCAAAUAAUAGCAUUUUAGCUGAUAUUAUGAUUCGAAAUAGGCAAAUUGAAGAGCUGCGCACGGAGCUGCACCAAAUCCAUGAAGUGUUAUUGACCUAUCUGUCAACGCGUAUGCCUUCAUCGGGCAUUUCUACCCCCGAAACAUCUCAAACAUCAGCUGUUCCAAAUGCAAGGAAUCAAAAUUACAGCGGUAUGCAAAAGCUGAAACAAUCAGCUCCUUUGAAAGGAGAUUUUAUGAGACGUUUCCUGGAUCAAAAAGGUCGCAGCAAUUUGCCAACUGUUGCCUCAUUGCCUGCAAAGAAAAGUCGGCGGCGAAAACGACGCACGGGAGACACGAGAGGCUACAAAUCAGAGUGCCUCUCUUUGAGCGGAAGCUGGGAAGACGUUUCUCAGACAGAGGCAGAAUCGAUAUUCUAACAUGUCAUAACAGAUCGUGUAUCUGCGCACAUACUUGACUGUGGCAGGACGAUCAAUGACAGAAUAUCGUGAUUCUGUCUUAUAAAAUCUCACGUACGCCAUGCAUUUAUUUCUAAAGACAGAAUCAGUCAUAUUUAAGUUUGUGCAUUUGACAUUUCCCAGAAUCCUUUUGCGAAUUCGAGCCAAUAUUGUAGACAUUUAUUGAAACUUUUCGAGUAACAAAGCCCAAACUGAAUACUAUUAUUUUUGCUUAAACUAUUUAAUGAUAUUUUAAGAACAUUUUUUAAUACUAAUACAAAUACUUCAAUCAAGUCCUUGUGCUUCAUCUAGAUUCUAGAAUGUCUAUAAAGGAUUCAGAUCAACCCUUUUUAGUUCAUUGUCUACUUAUCAAAUGUUUUGAAUGCCCUUUAGGUCCUACUGAAAAGAAGUAUGGGGAUGUGAAGCUGGUCUUAUAAUUCUUUGAAAUUGAUAUUAUUUUUGUAGAAAUUUUUUGCAGAGUUUUAGAACAUAAUAUUUAUAAAUCUAAUUUCGUACUUAAUUGAUAGUGUAUAGGCUUUAUAGUUGAACAACGAAUAUAUUUUAUAUUUGAAUACAGUAUAAUCACCUGCAACUUGAAACCUUGAUAACUUGAACCCCAAAUAAAUCUAUAGCCCUUGCUGUGUUUGCCUUCCUAUUGAACCAUCGCCAAUACUUUGGAACUCCCGAUGAAUCGAGCAUUCUGUUGAACAUUAUUUUCAUUCAUUUUCAUUAUGAUAUACAAACAGAAAACUACAUUGCAAUAAAAGGUUACACAGAGAUUAAAAAUAUACAUAACCUGAUCUUCCAUGGGCUCGUGCCGAGCUGAAUCCUACUAUCUCAAAAUGUGACAUCUCAGUUCUUUUUUAAAUCGUACGAUGAAAUCGACUGAUAUAUAUAAUGAGUUGUUGGAUAUCAUUCCAAGCAACUGGACUAGUGUACAAAAAACCUUUUUUCAUCGAUCAACAUUUUUAUCACCCUCUGGAGGCUCAAGUUUUUGGGAAUAUACUGUAGCGUUAGCUUUCAAAAUAGAUAUAAUUGUAAGACUGUUAUAACGGUUGAGUUUUUCGGGACAUAUUUGAGACUUUCGUUGAUAUCGCUACCCAUGCUCAAUUAUCAUAAAACCUAUUCCCGCAAAUAAAAUGUUUGUGAGUUAGUCGUAAUGUGGUGUGAAAAGAGCUUCUUUAUAAUGUUUUGUCAAUUAAAGCCCUGUUUCUUUCUCUCUUUAUUCGUUACUCAGAGGACUGUGAUCUCAAAAAUGGAUGAUGGUAUUCCUGCAGACGCAACUUUCACAUUUACACUCAUUUCUUAUAGAAGCAAAGAUGGACAUUCAGUAGUUUGUAUCUCAACACUGAAGCAAUUCUAAGCACUUGUUGAAUUUGAAGUUUCUUGAUUCUAAUGCAAUCAGUCCCAUCAUGCGGGGUUCAGUGUAGAAUUCUUUAACUUGGGGUAAGGUUUAAAUUCACAUCUUGAUAAAUGUUUCUUUACAGUAGGAAAGAAUAGAGACUUGUUGUAAAGAAUUGUUGACACUUUGGAAAACUUUUAUUCCCAACCAGUCAAAGGCAUUGAAAAUCAUGAAAUGUUUGUGUUUUGUGUAACAUUAUAGAGAUGCCGUAGAAAUUAGUUAGAUAAAAACAAGAUCAAAACACUCAAGCUCUAGUUCACUUAACUCCAUCGUAAACAACGCAAUAUCUCUACACCUCUUAAGAAUGCCCGUUGAAAUUGUCACAUGAUACAAUCAUGUGCUACUACAGUCAGACGAUAUAACGUCACAUUCUGCUUUUUAGCUUCAAGACUACACCUUAAUUUCAUAAGAAACUAUCUAAAAAACCUGGGUCCUAGAGUGACAAAAAAAUCAAGAAACCAUAGUACUAUCACCCUCAACCUUGAUAGACCAGGCGAGGAAGGGGGGGAGGAAGUAUCGUCACCCAUCGAGGGAAUUUGCAAGACUAACGCUAUUUGGUUAAUUUCGAUUGGCUAAUUACGAAAAUCGAUGUUAUACGGAGAAAUUCGGUACCAGGGAGCCUCAAUUCACGUUCAAA